CGGGUGAGACAGUGAAUAUUUAACAAAAUAAGUUUUGCUGUGUAAAUGUGGACAACCCUAAUGUACUCGUAGUUUUGUUUCAAGAAGCCUGUAGUCCACAAUAGGUGGUGCAUAAAAAAAAAUCGAGGUGGCAAGCUAAUUUUUGGUAUACUGGUCCAUUUUGAUGUUCUGAAAACAAAUCCGAGGAGUUCCCUUCUGUGCCGGGUGAGCUUUCCCCCAAAUUGUGGAUCUUUGCCCCCCCAAUUGGGGUUUGACCAAAAUCUCAUGAAAAAAAUGUCGGAUCUAAUCUAUGUAUUUCGAGAUCAUCAUCAUCAUCAUCAUCAUCAUCAUCAUCAUCAUCAACGUCAUAGUCGCAAGCGACUAGUGUGUCCCCAAUAACGACCACCACUCCUCUCUGUCUUGAGCUAGUGUGGCCGCAGUCACAACUGAGCCAACUAUUUUCCGGAGAUCUUCCUCUGCCUCGUGUUCUGGGCACCUUGCCAAAGAGAAUUCCCUAUUCAAUGUUUACGGUCCUCUUCUGGCUACAUGUCCAAAAUAACUCAUUAUCCUGGUUUCACAUAUUUUAUUUCGCCUGGUUGGUUCUUGCAGUUGUUCCACAAUUGAUGCAUUUGUUUAGUGCACAUAUCUUCAACAUCCUGCGCCAUACCCACAUCUCAAAGGCAUCAAUUCUUUUUUGACCAUCUUGCUUCAAUGUCCAGGUCUCCGCUCCAUAUAAGAAAACUGGAAAAGCUAGCUUCCUGAUUAGUCUCUUCCUCAUUUUUAUGGAGAUUUUCUGGUUGGUAGUGACUUUUCUCAACUGAGACAUCGCUGCUUUUCCAAGAGCUAUUCUUCUUCUAAUUUCCUUGGCUGAUCCUCCAUCAGCAUCCACAAGUGAACCCAAAUAAAUAAAUGAGUUCACUUUUUCAAAUUCAUUCAGGGCUUCGGAUUCUGGUAAGUAUCCAGCUCUAUUAACAACCAUGACUUUGGUUUUCCCCACAUUUAUGAGGAGUCCUAGGUCCUCACUGACCAUCCUGACCCACCUGAUCAAUUCUGCCAGUUCCUCUUCAUUUGCAGCUAUUAAAGUAGUAUCAUCAGCAUAAUGGAGAUUGGAGAUUCUUCUUCUUCCUAUCAUGACACCACCUUCCCAGUUCUCCAAAGCUUUUUGCAUGAUGUACUGGCCAUUGAUGUCAAACAGUAGAGGUGAGAAUAUGCAGCCCUGCCUAACUCCCCAUUGUGGAUGAGGGUUGGUGAAAAUUGAACGUUUCAAAUUGCACGUGAAAAAUUGCAUGUGAAAAAUUGCACGUGUGAAAUUGUACAUAUACAAUUGAACGUGUGUGAUAAUAGAACGUUUACAGCGUUCAAUUAUUAUGUUCAACUAUCCGUAUUGUUCUGAAAAGGCUAAAAAUGAAGUUCAGUCCCUAUAAUUUUGGUCAGUGCACAUUGAGCACCCUCUCAACCGUUUUAGGGAGUUGUCGCAAAAUUCAAUGAGUCCGAUUUCAAAUGUAAAUUUUUUAUCUGCUCAUAAAUUCCAGAAAAAAAAUGAAAAAAAUUCAAGUAAUACUGUAAAUUUAACAAGCAGUCAAUUUCAGACAGUUUCAACCUGUUCAGGAGCUGGUAUCCAUAUUUUGAACGUUCAAAAGUUGAUUUAGAUGGUUUUUAUGGAACUUUGUGAAAAUCUGAAAUCUCUAAAAUACAAUCGGAGGUUCCAGUUCCAGAACGCCUUGAAACCAUCUCCAAUUGAGUCAGCAUGUUGAAGUAAAUUUUACCUUUUCACCUUCUUUGAGUAACAUUUUGCGAAAAUUUCAACUUUCAAAAAUUUGCUGGAGGCUCCAGAACUGCUCAGAACGUUUCAAAACUGUAUUUUGGGUUGGUGAAAAUCUCACAUUAUUAAAUCAUUUUCAGACGUUAAAUUUGCAGACGUUCUAUUUUCACAUGCGUGCAAUUAUCACACACAUUCAAUUGUAUACAUGCAAUUUCACACGUGCAUUUUUCUUACGUGCAAUUUGUUGGUCCCUGUGGAUGAAACGAAUUCAACUCUUCUCCACCUACUCUCACCAUCAUCUCAUUCUUGUCAUACAGCAAUUUAAUCAGCUCAAUUAGGUUCUCUGGAACUCCCAUCUCACAUAGUAUCUCAUGUAGCUUUGUCCAAUUGACACAGUCAAAGGUGUUUGAAUAGUCAAUGAAGCAUAGUACCUCAGGAAUGUUGAAUUCACAGAAUUUUUCACAAUUAUUUGUCUGAAGUUCAAAAUCUGCUCUCUUGUACUCUUCCAAGCAUAAAACCUGCCUGUUCAGAUGGAAUCUGCAUAUGCAAGUAUGCCUUGAUCCUAUUGUUGAUUAUUUGGAGCAUCACUUUACUGGCAUGUGGAAUCAGGGCUAUUGUGUGAUAGCAUAAUUUUUCAUAUCACUUUUCUUGUGUAGCGCAAUUAGCACCGAUUUGCAACAAUCUUCUGGCCAUUCUCUUUUGCGCUAUUAUGUUGUUGCAUAUCUUCCAGAUCACUUUCUCUGCUUUCUUACCCAUGGACUGUAGUAUGUAUCUCAGUGUUAAUACUGUCACAUGCAGGCACUUUGCAUUUUCUUAAUGCCUUGUUGGAAUCUCUUACUUUUGAUAUCCAGCUCUUCUACACUAUCCACUUCAAUUUCUGGUACUUCAUUGUUGUUUGGGCUCUGUGGUUCACUCCAAUAUAGCUUGCUGUAAUACAAUCUCCAGUUCUUCAGAAUCUUAUUUGAGUUCCAUGCAACUCUACCAUCCUUAGCUGUGAUUUCACUUAAUUGUGGUUCAAAAUUUCUGGUGAUCUGUUUUAUAUUCUUGAACAGUAUGCUUGAUUCGUUGUGGUCAGCAUAUUCUUGAAUUUUUCUCAACAUCUGUUCAGGUAGGCUUCUCCAUCUUUCCUACAAUUUCUAUGGAUGCACCUAUUCAAGGCUUGGAACUUGUUAACAUUUCCUUCCAGUUUUACUUUUCUGCAUUCUUCUAUGAGCUUCAAUGUUUCUUCCAACAUCCAUGGUCUACAUUUUAUGAGUUCUUCCUGCCUAUUCUUCAUCGCCGAAUCGCGUUUCUUUUAGAUUUCCACCUUCCCAUAAGAUAUUUGGGUCCUCUUCAUCUACGUGAUCAAUAUUUAUUCCGGCAGCAAGUCUUUUCCUUUCUUGGUUGGUAAGGCGUUUGUGAUUUUUGUUUGUCGUUUUUUCCCACUGCGAAGACACAAUUUAAUCAAAGUCACCAGCAAUUGGUGAUCCGAUGCUACAUCUGCUCCAGGAUAAGUCUUGGAUUGUGUUAUCGCCAACUUCUACCUCUAAUAUGAGCAAAAUUAUGAAUGUUCCCCACCCCCAUGUCUUACACCCUACCCUCACCAAAAAACCAACUCCACCAGAUUCGAAAACUCUACGACCUUGAAAACAUAUCAAUCGACAUAUUACUUGAUAAUACCACCAAAAUUUGAAAUUUCCCUAUCCCCACUCAGUACUCACCUCCCGCCCCUGCCAAAAAAAAUAACUCCAGGUUUGGAUUCUACGACUUCAAACACAAUAUAUAUUAUUAUACUUCUUUGAAAAUUUGAAAAAUGGCCCAUGAUAAAAUCUAGUUUAGGCCUGGGUACACCUUAUUUUUGACAUCAAUUCCAAGAUUUUCAAAAAAUUAACUUUAGCAUGUACUGUGCAGAGUGAAUUUUGGCUUUCCAACUCCAUGUGAUGAAAUUUUGUAUACAUUUCAAGUUUAAAAAAUUUACUGGAGGCUCCAAAACCACUUGAAAUCCACCUGCAGUCAACUUCACAGCGUAUUGAAAUUAGUUUGCAGAAUGAAUUUCGGAUUUCUAACUUCAUUUGAAUGUUUCAAAAAUUUGCUAGAGGCUCUAGAACUGCUCAAAACCUCCAUAAAAAACUGCAACAAAAGUAAAAUUAAGUCUUCCGAUUUUGCUCAGUUUUUUUACAAGUUUCAGUUCUCGUUGAUGGUUCGCUGAAAUUUCUGUCCUCAAUACUUUCGAGCGGAAAGUGGUGAAUCUAAUACCUAUUUUCACUUUGUAAAUUGUAGUAUGUACUGUCGAACGUUGUAGGCUCUUAUCUCAAUAUUGGUUGAGCUUACACAUAUGUAGUUCAUAUCUGUUUGUAGAGUUUUAAAAGGAAGGUAUAGUACCUACAUAAAGUAUAUGGAAUACUGAAAUUCAAUCUUUCAGACUUAUAAAUACAUAGAUUACGUAUCAGAUGAUUGACUGAUUGGCAAAUAAUAGCUCUUAGCAAUGAGAUAAGUACAUGCAUGCUUGGUAAGUAGGUAUACGUACUGACGUGAAAUGAACAUCUCCAAGUGGCGUAGGAGAAAGAUACCUACAUUUUUGUUGUCAUAAGUUUUUCAGUCAAAGAUCUUCGAUGGAAAGCCACGUUGCUGUUUUCUGGUUUUUCGUUAUUUGUAAUGUUAUGUCCUGUUUGACGCUACCAAAAUCUGAUCAUGAGGACAACGUAAAGUGGCUCCAUUCCGUUUUGGGGCGUAUCGGUUAUUUCGUAAACCCAGAUUAUCCGACAAAUUGGAUGGUAGCCUGUUCCGUAUUGGCAACAAAACAUAAAAGUCUUGAACAACGAAUUCAAUCACUUGAGAAACAACUUCAAGGCCGUGAAAAAGAACUUGAAGACAGUGAAAAACGACAUCAAGACAGUGAAAAACGACAUCAAGACAGUGAAAAACGACAUCAAGACUGUGAAGAACAACACCAAGGGCGUGAAAAAGACCUUGAAAAAAAUUUGCAAAAAUCUCGAGAACAAUGUCUCAUGUACGAAGUAGUUUUCAUAAUACGAAAUGACCUACUAGUAUUUAUGGAAGACAUUUUCAGAGCUCAACACAUAUUUCCGGUAGAAUCAAAAGACAUAUUGGCUGAUCUGAAGAACACUCCUUCCGAAUACCCAGAAACAAUCACACCUGCGUGUUUGGAAUCAAUAAAACAGCUACCGAAUGAUACGAACGAGCAUACUCUGAUUUGGCUGCAUUUCCUCGCAUUCUCAGACCAGGUUUUGCCUUCCAGAAUGCGCGAUGCAUUGUUAAAUAAUACGAUCGACGCCCUCGUAUUUUGCACAUUUAUUGGAGAUAUUUUCCAGAAGAUUAGUCCGUUUGAUCGGUAUGCUCGAUAUCCGAUGAUUAAUGCGAAUGCUCAGAAUGCUGAACUUAUCCAUAAAGGAAUGACUAUGUUUGGAAUUACGUGUGAUAAGAUGCUGGAGUGUAUUACGGUUCUAUUUAAAAUACCCAAUAUGGCGACGAUAUAUAAACCUAGUUCGACGCGUUCGAAAAAGUACACGAUUACUACCAAAGCAUUUGAAUACCUAUCUGUCGAAUCUUGAAUAAAUUUUUUGCACUUUGUU